AUGACCACCAUUAGAAACAUGUCAAAGAACAUUUCUUCUCAUCUCUCGAAGCCAGCCUCCGUUAAUCUACCAUCGUCUUCUUUAGCUCCGCCACUUUUCAUUUCUUGCAGAGGCAUAGCGUCGAAGGUCUUCGUAGGAGGACUUUCGUUUUACACCACUGAACAGGGACUGAAUGAAGCAUUUUCUCAAUAUGGUCACAGUGUAUACAGAUCAAAGGGUUUUGGAUUUGUCACUUAUGCAUCCGAAGAUGAAGCUGAAAAAGCAAUUGCUGAAAUGAGCGGAAAGGCUAAUACUCUCCACCCUCCCUUAUUU